AUCUCACUUUUGUUCUCGCUCCGCGUUACGGUCUCGCGGAUUUGAUCUGUUGUAGCAGAGCCCAAGCAAUCAGCCAUGUUGUCUGCCGACCAGUUCGCCGGAGCCUCCCUAUUCACCAGUGGCGUUUUCUUACCCUCCCAGUCCCUCGAUUCCUCCAUUUCUCCAACUAAGAGUCGGGCCCCGCAGACUUUGAUUCCCAUAACGGUGAAGCAGCUCAUAGAAGCCUAUCAUUCGAGUGAGGACAAAUCCACCAUUAUCGUCGACGGGGUUGAGCUUGCCAACAUCAAGCUUGUGGGACUGGUGAUGAACAGGAUGGACAGGGACACCGAAGUAUCGUUCACCGUCGAUGAUGGCACGGGACAGAUUGAUAUUAGAAGAUGGGCUAACGAGAGUUCGGAUGCGAGCGAUUCUGCAUUUAUUCAGAAUGGGGUUUAUGUGAAGGUCCAUGGCCACUUGAGAGGAUUUCAAGGCAAAAGACAUGCUUUAGCCUUCUCAGUCCAGCCAUUAACGGAUUUCAAUGAUAUUGUACUCCACUUUGUUGAGUGCAUACAUUUACAUCUGUGGCACGUCAGAUUGAAGGGCGACACAGUCCGAACGCAGAUGAUUAUUAAUACAGGCACACAGUUCCCAAAUGGAAGAGACUACCUUGCGCAUUUCCCGAACCAAUUUGUGGCUCACUCAACCGUGGAUGGAUCAGGAAAAGAUGUAUACAGUUUGGUUUUCAGAGUGUUCCAGGAACCAGCUAUCCUUGCCAGUGAACAUGGGUUGCAUGUUGAUGAACUGUUCAGAAGGCUGAAUUUACCGAAGAAUCAAAUCAUGGAUGCAAUAAACUACCUUGUCGAUGUGGGCCGCAUUUACUCAACCGUGGAUGAGUAUCACUUUAAGUCUGCAAUUAAUUGCUAAUAUGCUAACCCAGCUGGUCUCUUAAAUGGCACAGAAAAACUGAAACGAAAAUAUGCUGUUGUAGCCAUGCUGUGAUGCUGAACUUUAUUAUUUGUUCCUAUAGGCGUCUCUGCUCUCUUACAAGUUGCAACGCAGAUUAUUGGUAAUGUAUAAAGUUCUACUGACGUUAAAUAGAGUUGUUACUUUGCUCGUAGCUUUUACAUGUCAAUAUUCUAUAGUUUACAGGAUGAUUUAAGCGUGCAUUUAUGAGCA